CGGCCCCGCCCUACCAGUCGGCUUCCUGCGCCACUGGGAGAGUCGUACUGGCUUUGGAAGGUUGAGGAUGGCUUCUGCUGUAGGUGCGGCUGCGCCUGCGCAGGCCGGGGACAGCAAGACAGCAUGCACGCUGGAGUUUGCUGUGCAAAUGAGCUGCCAGAGCUGCGUGGACUCGGUGCAGACAUCCCUGCGUGGCGUGGCAGGUGUCCAGGGAGUGGAGGUGCACCUGGAGAAUCAGAGUGUCCUGGUGACCACCACCUUGCCCAGCCAGGAGGUGCAGAGUGUCCUGGAGAGUACAGGGCGCCAGGCAGUGCUCAAGGGCAUGGGCAGCCACGAGCUUCAGAACUUGGGAGCGGCUGUGGCCAUCUUGGGGCAGCCUGGGGCCGUACAGGGAGUUGUGCGCUUUCUACAAGUGUCCCCCCAGCGCUGCCUCAUUGAGGGGACGAUCGAUGGCCUGGAGCCUGGGCCCCAUGGCCUCCACGUUCAUCAGUAUGGAGACUUGACCCAAAACUGUGCCAGCUGUGGAGACCACUUCAACCCUGAAGGAAUGCCCCAUGGAGGCCCCAGGGACACCCACCGGCACCUGGGAGAUCUGGGGAACGUCUAUGCAAGUGCCAACGGGAGAGCGACCUUCAGGCUAGAGGACGAGAAGCUCAAGGUGUGGGACAUCAUCGGCCGAAGCCUGGUCAUUGAUGCAGAUGAAGAUGACCUGGGGCAGGGAGGACACCCGCUCUCCAAGGUCACUGGAAACUCUGGAGAGAGGCUAGCCUGUGGCAUCAUUGCUCGCUCCGCAGGCCUCUUCCAGAACCCCAAGCAGAUCUGCUCCUGUGACGGCCUCACCAUCUGGGAAGAGCGGGGCCGGCCCCUCGCUGGAGAGGGGCGAAGGAAGCCUGUCCAAAACCCUGCUCACCUUUGACCUGCUGGGAUGGCUCCAGCCUUCACAGAGUUCUCCCUGAGAGGCUCCAAUGAUGUCUCACUGUCUAAUCAAGUUGAAUCAGAACGCCUCCCUUCCCUUCUGGGACCAUCCGGCCAAGGUGACCUUGCCAUCCGUUCCAGCGCCAAGCGGGCCAAGAUGCACCAGAGCGGCUGCUUCUCCUCGCUUCUUUCUCUUCAGAUUAAAGGUUUAUUUUCCUAUCAAGCUUAA